AUGUUGCAUAAAGGACUAGUAACAAAGUCUAAAAGCGAAUUUCUCUAUGUGUGGUCGAAGAGUUUUGGAGGAGAAGCUAUCUUGGACAAAAGAGUGGUAUCUACAGGUGGAUGUGUGCCAUCAAUCGGUAAUUGGAUUGUCUUUAAAGUUAGAGUUGGCAGCAGUUUUAUUGAUGAUUUUAUUGAUAUUCCGGACUUGUUACCUACGAAAGUGAAUGAACAUGGAGACGUGAUGGUCAAAACUCGAGUCUCAUUUCGUUCCAGCGAUGUGCCUGGCUGUAAUUUCUUAGUUCAUUCAAAUGAUUUAGGAGUUAUUGGAAUAUUUCAAAAUUUCCCGAAUUUGAAUGAAAGCUGUGAUUGUGAUAUUUGGGUUGAAAGAAUCCCACAAGCGCUUUCCAAUCUUGAACAUUUAUACAAAACGUCAUGGUAUAUUAGCGAGGAGCUUUCUGAGCAAAUCGUGAAAACAUCUUUGGAGCGGUUUUCAUCAGUAUGCAGUCUCUCAUCAGAAUUUAACUCACACAUGGGGCUACCGAACACUGCAUCCGAAGAUAGUUAUUCUGAUGCUGCUACACACACCACUAGAAGUUCAGUCAGCAGUGGUAAUGUUAAUUUCGAUGAGCUACAAGAACAUAACCCGUUACGCAAGCGAAAUUUUUCAGAACAGUCAUAUUUUACCGAGCAACAAUUUUUUAAUCCCCAGUCGUAUGCUUCAACGGAGGGAACAGUAGAAAAAGAAAUCAAAGAAGGUAAAACAAUUAUUGGUUUAAUAACAUCCUCCUUUAAUAGGAAGGCUUUUGUUUGGUCAUCAAUUCUCGGUAAAGGAGUAGUGUUGUUGUGUUUUGAUCAGCAGAUACGACAUGGUGAAUGGAUUAAAUUCAUACCUUCCUGCAUAGAUGAUAUGUGCUUGCUAGAAUACAAUGAAUUAAGAAAAUGUAAAUAUGUUGCAAAGGAUUGGUACGUUAUCAGUCCGCUCUAUCCUACACAACCCUACAAAACUAUCGUAUCGGUACAAGUGAGGCUUUUUGUACCACAGAAUUAUCCAGGUUCAUCAAAUUUGUGGGCCGAAUUUUUUGGCACAGUUUAUGAUUCAUUGGGGCGAGUUGCUGAAUUUAGGUCAUUACAGAGCAUUUUAGGACGAUGUCUCUUGGUUCGGAUCAUGGAAAUGAAAAGUGAUUGUGGCACCAGCAGUAGUUGGGUUGUACAUAAAGUUUUACAACUUCUUAAGAAUGAAGAAUCAAUACCCAAGUUAAAAUCUCAAUCGUUUGCUGCCGAUGCGUUAAGAUACAUGAAUGAAGAUUUGCUCAUACACAAUGCAAUGAAAAAAGUCGACUGGAAUCUCGUUAAACAGCUGAGAGAACCUCAUCUUCUUUCAGAUGAUAUUUUGGAACAUCGAAAUUAA